AUGUGGAACACAUAUCUCGAUGUCGCGCUUCUUUCACAUCCCAUCCUGGCCUUCAUAUCCAUCACUCACCAUCCCAAGAUGAACUCAAAAACAACAAACCUGCAGUAUUUCAUCUUUUCCUUCAUAUCGCUGCUUGUGAUACGAUGCCUCUCGUCUACAUACUAUUCAGUACCUCCUCAAUAUACGCUCGAUGUCUGUACAAGCGUAGAUCAACCGAAUCCGAUAGCAACUCUCUUCCCCAACAAUGCGACUGGAACGUUAAACGGAACGAUUGCAGUCUUGCCGAUACCUUUAACGCUAGCUCGGAAGCUCAUUCCCUCUCAAUAUGGUAUCCUCGAGCAUGCUUACCGUGCUUUGCUCCCUUCGUUCCCAGAGGGCAUGUAUCCUGCUAUCGUACAAGCGAUGCACGAUCACGAAGUGCAGGCUUUUGGCUACAAGAUUGAGGAUUUCUCUCGCACGGGAGUUGAAUUCCCCUUCGUCGACUUGCUAGGCGACGGUUACUCCUCUUUCAAGUGGGCACCAUCGCUGCUCAUGACCGCUGGUCACGAAAUCGCGUUGAAAGGUGCCGCAGACUACGGAACCAACACCUUUGCCGCUUCCUUUGACCCAGGAUGCGACGCAUACCGCCCAGUGCCCAACUCCAAGAACCCAGGCACCACCUACUUCAGCGCCAGUAGCCUCGAAGGUCGAGAGUCUCUGAGCACACUCUUCUCUCUAACAGAGGAGGAGAUGUACCCUCUAUCUUUUUUUAAGAACUUUACCAACCAGCCAACGUUCGCGGAUGGCAAGACCUGCGACAACAUGAUUCGACUCUUCAACACCACCCUUUCUUCUGCAGAGAAAGGCAUCGAGCGUGUCAAGGGGACAGUUCGAGCUGAUAUUCAUCCAUUCGCAAAGGAACAUGAAUGGCGAAAUGUCUAUGGCUUGCGACUUGACACGGCAUUCAUUGAAAACAACUACCUCAGCUGCGAGAGCUUCCGGGGAUACACUAGCCACGAGUGA